GCAGCAGCGGGGGCAGGCGCGGCGAGGCGCCGGCGGCUCGGCGGGCAGCGCCUAGGCUGGGGCGGGCGCUUUCAGCACCGCGGCGCUGGACAGCGCCCGGCGGGCGGCGGGCGAGGAGCGCGGCUCCGCCGCCGCGCGGCAAGGUCAGUCCGCGCGGAGCCGCGCACCGCGCAGCCUCCGCGGCCAGCGCCGCGCUCCCGCCCGCGCCUCCCUAACAUGCAGCGGCGGCCGGGGACCGGCAGCACCGUGCCGGUGAGCCAGCCCGGACGGCAGAUCUCCACUUAGCUGCCCGGCAGGCGUCAGGGAGGGCGAGAGAGGAGGUUUUUUUUUCCUUCUACUUCUUUUUUUUUUUUUUUCCUUUUUUUUUCCUUUUUUUUCCGCCUGCCUUGCAGUACGUGCCUGGAUAGUUUGUGGAUAUAAUUACUGACUGGAAUCUGGGCUGUUGCAGUUGUGCGUGGGGGGGGGAGAGAGGAGAAAAGAAAGCAUCCCCCCCUCUCCGCCGACCCUCCCUGCUCCCCCACACAUAUUUUUUUUUUUUCCUCCCCCUUUGCUGUUGGUUCGGACAUUUAAUGUAUUGAAUGAACUGGAAUUGCUUUCCGUGUGAGGAGGAUGGUUGCUGUUACUUUGUGAUGAGAUCGGGAAUGAAUUGCUCGGUUUAAAAAUGCUGCUUUGGAUUCUGUUGCUGGAGACGUCUCUUUGUUUUGCUGCUGGAAACGUUACAGGGGACGUUUGCAAAGAGAAGAUCUGUGCCUGCAACGAGAUAGAAGGGGAUUUGCACGUAGACUGUGAGAAAAAGGGAUUUACCAGCCUGCAACAUUUCACCGCCCCAACUUCCCAAUUUUACCAUUUAUUUCUGCAUGGCAAUUCCCUGACUCGACUUUUCCCUAAUGAGUUUGCUAACUUUUACAAUGCGGUCAGUUUGCACAUGGAAAACAACGGUUUGCAUGAGAUUGUUCCUGGGGCUUUCCUUGGGCUGCAGCUGGUGAAACGCUUGCACAUAAACAACAACAAGAUCAAAUCGUUCAGGAAGCAGACUUUCCUGGGGCUGGACGAUCUGGAAUACCUCCAGGCAGAUUUUAAUCUGUUGCGGGAUAUUGACCCGGGAGCAUUUAGGGACUUAAACAAGCUAGAGGUGCUGAUUUUAAAUGACAAUCUCAUCAGCACCUUGCCCCCCAACGUGUUUCAGUAUGUGCCGAUCACCCACCUCGACCUCCGGGGAAACCGUCUUAAAACCUUGCCUUACGAGGAGGUCCUGGAGCAGAUCCCAGGCAUUGCUGAAAUCCUGCUAGAGGAUAACCCCUGGGACUGCACUUGCGAUCUGCUGUCGUUGAAAGAAUGGCUGGAAAACAUACCUAAAAACGCUUUGAUCGGCAGAGUGAUUUGUGAAGCUCCCACUAGGUUGCAGGGCAAAGAUUUAAAUGAGACCACAGAGCAGGAGCUGUGCAAAAAGAACAGAGUAGAUUCCAGCCUAGCUGCUCCCCCUGCCGAAGAAGAAACCUGCGAUCCUGGUCCCAUUCCAACCCCCUUUAAAAUACAUGGCAAAGAAGACCCUGCCACGCCAGGAUCUGCUCCAAACGGAGGUACAAAGAUUCCUGUCAACUGGCAAAUCAAGACCAAACCCACUGCUGCCGUGUCGACAGUGAGUGUGAAGAGCAAGCUACCAGCUACCUUUUCCUGUCCACACAUCUGCAGCUGUGAUCAGAUCCCUGGCUCAGGUUUAAAGGUUAAUUGCAAUGACAGGAAUGUGAGCAGCUUGGUGGAUUUGAAGCCCAAGCCCUCCAAUGUGCAGGAGCUGUUUCUGAGAGACAACAAAAUACACACCAUCAGGAAAUCCCACUUUCUGGAUUACCGAAAACUUAAUUUACUCGAUCUGGGCAACAACAACAUCGCCACCGUUGAGAACAACACCUUCAAGAACCUCUUCGAUCUCCGAUGGCUCUACAUGGAUAGCAACUACUUAGACACCCUGUCCCGGGAGAAAUUCGCUGGGCUGCAAAACCUGGAGUAUCUGAACGUGGAGUUUAAUGGGAUCCAGAUGAUCAUGCCUGGCACCUUCAAUGCAAUGCCCAAACUACGAGUCCUCAUCCUCAACAACAAUCUGCUGAGGUCUCUCCCAGUAGACGUGUUCGCCGGGGUCUCGCUUUCCAAGCUGAGCAUACACAACAAUUAUUUCAUGUACCUCCCGGUGGCGGGGGUGCUGGACCAGCUCACCUCCAUCACCCAGAUCGACCUGCACGGCAACCCAUGGGACUGUACUUGCCCUAUCGUGCCUUUCAAACAGUGGGCAGAGAUGCUGCGCCCCAAGGUGAUUAUGAGUGACCUGAGGUGUGAGUCCCCUGAAGAUUUCUUCAAGGAGGAUUUCGAGUCUCUCUCCAAUGAUGUGAUUUGCCCUCAGUUAAAAAUCUCACCCACAUUAACUUCUACUAACAAAAACAGCACCGGGUUGACAGAGACAGGUACUCACUCCAACUCCUACUUGGAGACCAGCCGGGUCUCUAUUUCGGUGCUAGUGCCAGGGCUUCUGCUGGUUUUUGUGACCUCUGCCUUCACAGUAGUUGGCAUGCUGGUUUUCAUCCUGAGGAACAGAAAGCGGUCCAAGAGGAGGGACGCCAACUCCUCUGCAUCUGAAAUCAACUCCUUGCAGACGGUCUGCGAUUCGUCCUACUGGCACAACGGGCCCUACAGCGCCGACGGGGCCCACAGGGUGUACGACUGCGGCUCCCACUCACUGUCGGACUGAGGCGGCGGGCGAGGCGGGGGCGGCCGCCACCCGGGACCGGCCCUUCAAGCACCGGCCGGGGACAGUUCUGCACCUCCGCUGCUACCUUUUGUGAGAAGCGAAACACACAGACACAGGCACGCCCUUCCUCACGACCCCCAUAGCAAGCGCUGAGGCCAAGUGGGCGGCGGGGGGAGCCCGGCGCCGGAGCGCAUCCCUGCAGCGCCGCGCAGCCCGGCACGGUGCGCGCAUCCCCCGCAUCCCCGUGCGGUGCGCGGCCGGGGGAGCGACAGACAAACGAGGAACAGCUCCCUUCGGCUCCGGCAGGGCGAAACACGGCUCCUGGUUUUGUUGGGCUUUUGUUCAAUUGUGUUGGGGUUUGCUUUUUUGCCCUUUUCCCUUGUGGACCGACCCCAUUCCAAGCGGCCGGUAAAACGAGGGGGGCAGAGGACUGGUGUUGGCCUCCUCCUGAUAGCAAAGCAGGAGUGGAAAGUUGCACGAAGGCAUGAAUGUAAUGUAAAUAAAUGACUCCGACUCUGAAACAAGCAGACAAACGGACAAAAAAAAAAAAAAAAAAAAAAAAAGUGCUGCAUGGCUCGCAUGGAUACAACGCACCCCAGGGACGCUCCAGCCCCCGACUGGAAGCAGCGUCUAGUUCACACCAUCAUCCCUCUUACCUGAUAAGUCCCUUCGUAUAAAACCUUCUAUAUACGAAAUACAGUAUAAUAA